AUGGAAAACCCAGUCGCUGAAAUUCCAACUGUUAUUCACCUUCUUACUCAAUCACCACCUUCUCUUCAAGAAGAGACAAUCGACCGAUUUUUUACCCCUGAUGCCUCAUUCGUGCACCCAUUCUGUCGCAUUUGGAGGCACAAUGGCAGCCGAUGGGGAGUGAAGAAGAUAUACCAAUGGUACAAGAUCAUGUCGCCGCAUAUAGAGCUGGACGUUGGAUCUGUUGCAUAUGAUAAAGAAAACCUAAAGCUCUACGUCACCAUCUUCCAAAUAUUCUCCAUCUGGCUCGUUCCAUUCUACUCUGCGCCUGUAUCCCUCACGACCGUUCUGGACCUCACGACGGACCCUGGUGAGGAAAAGAAGGAUGCAACGCGAGGCGAGGGUACAAAACGGUACUAUAUCCAGAAGCAGGAAGACUUUUACCAGCCGCAGGAGUUUAUCAAGUUUGUUAUGCCCUUUGGAGGGAGUCUUCUUGUUGCGAUGUGGCAUGCAUUUGCUAGCCUGUUUUCUAUCAUUGGGGUCUUUGCCUUGUGGCCGAUUAUGUGGGCGGAGGAGAGGGGGUUUUUCGACUAUAACUACCGCGUUGCGAAUGGGGCCCGGGAGGGGGUUGUUGACGUUCUGAAUAAUCAUGUUCAGGACCUUAAGGUUACAUAA